AUGUACCGCAAGUACUUGCACGCCAUUACCAACAAGGAUGGACCUGCAGCCACUUUGGGCACUGUACAGGCCCGACGCCGGAUAGCCCACGCACAUAGGCUUCCAGGGCUCCAGGGCUCCGUCGAUCCACCAUGGCCAGGACGGCAAAGACGGGACGACGACGAGCAAUGGAAAUUCUGCCCCUCGGUCUCAUCGGGCAUCGCGACGACAAUGGUGAGAUUGGAAUCAGGCGAUGCCGACGACGAUGGCGCAGAAAAUGCAGCAAAAUCGACAGCAGCGGUGGUCAUGGAUCUCAACCAGGUCAACGCAAGUAUGUACCGGUACGGAGGAACGGACAGCAGGAUGAUGCCACGGAUGGCGAGGUCGAAUGGUUCGACGGCGAAUGACAGUCGUCUGAGGUGCGGCGCCCCACGCAACGAACGAACCAUCGCUCAGAAGGUCGCUACAGUGGGAGACCAGCGCGCCGGCGCUGAAACGUCCCGGCGCCCAAUCGCCCAGCCGCCCAGCCGCCACCACACAGCAGUGCCCAACGGCGACGAGGAGAGAUGGGCGGUGUAG